AUGUCUCUUCGAGACCGUCGCCCAAUCAUCGACAGCACAUGGUCGACGUUAGCUCCAGCUGUUGGGGGCAAAAGACCAGGGGGGCAUGGAUGGGCUGGCACGCGGCGACACGACCUGGCCAACCCAAUCAGGUACAGGAAAGGCCGAUCUUGCGACCAAGUUCCACUAAAUACGCCAAUGGGCCACUCGCAGCACUUAGACCAGGGCGGUCGAAUGAACGAAGAGGGAAAGACAACCACGCUACGCCUCUCUUUUGUUUACGGAGGCUCGGAGAAGACCCUUGGAGGGUUGCAAAAGCCAUAG